AUGCAGGCACUCAGGACCAGUGCCUCGUCGGCGCUGCGGCAAUCCCAGCGCAGAACCUAUGCCUCCGCUAGCACCCCGUACUCCGAGACUGCGAAGAACCUCAUGAUUGGUGCUCAUACCAAGCUCUUGGUUCAGGGUUUCACCGGAAAGCAAGGUACCUUUCACGCCCAAGGUGCCAUCGACUAUGGCACAAAUGUUGUCGGUGGCACGAACCCGAAGAAAGCUGGCACGACACAUCUCGAUCGACCCGUCUUCGCGACCGUUGCGGAUGGUAUCAAGGAAGCCGGCGCCAAUGCUUCAGCCAUCUUCGUUCCUCCUCCUCUAGCCGCCAAAUCGAUUGAAGAAGCCAUUGAGGCUGAGAUGCCUUUGGUUGUAUGCAUCACGGAAGGUAUUCCUCAGCAUGACAUGGAGUACACAAGACUAACACAGCCAGACAUGCUCAAGACCCAGAACAAGACACGACUCGUUGGCCCCAACUGCCCCGGACUGAUUCGCUCCGGUGUUUGCAAGAUUGGUAUUAUGCCUGGCUUCAUCCACAAGCAGGGGCGCAUCGGCAUCGUCUCUCGCUCUGGUACCCUCACUUACGAAGCCGUCAACCAGACCACUCAGAUCGGUCUCGGCCAGUCCCUAGUAGUUGGCAUUGGCGGUGAUCCGUUUUCUGGCACCAACUUUAUCGACUGCCUGAAGGUCUUUAUGGAGGAUGACUCUACGGAAGGUGUGAUUAUGAUCGGCGAGAUCGGCGGUUCCGCUGAGGAGGACGCAGCCGACUUCCUCAAGAGUGAGAACGUCAAAGGAAAGCCCGUUACAGCUUUUGUGGCUGGAAUUAGCGCUCCCCCAGGUCGACGUAUGGGUCAUGCCGGUGCCAUUGUGAGCGGAGGCAAGGGUGGUGCCGACUCCAAGAUCAGCGCGCUCGAGGGUGCGGGUGUAAAGGUCGAACGCAGUCCGGCUGCUCUGGGCAAGUCACUCUACGAUCAAUUUGUGGCAAAGGAUCUGAUAUGA